UAUUUCGGGUAUCCACUGGAUACCCGUGGGUAAAGUAUUUUACCCAUACCCGACCCGAUGUAUUUCGGGUAUCCGACCCGAUAGGACCCACGGGUGAGUUUUUGUACGCGUAUCUAUAUCCGGUGGGUACGAAACCCGCGGGUAUCCAUACCCACGGGUCCAACUGCCAUCUCUACUUCUCCCUUCCUCUGGGUCGAUGACGCGCGGGACCGCCUAGCUAGUCACCCUAUGCGCGCCCCAAACCCGCUCGCGCCACUGUCUUGCGGGACCGAAUCGUCAGGCGCAGAGUCUUCCUCCCCGAGAUCUCAGGCAACAUACCCGCGAACUGGGCGCGGUCAAGAACUGACUCCCCAAGGAUGCCGCGACUGUGCAACUCUCAACCGGAUUCUGGUUCUCGAAGUAUAUAAGCCACCUUUCCCCUUACCUCCCUAAUCCCCCAGCUCACCAUCCCGAGAUCUUCCCCCGAUCGACCUUGUCAUUCCUACGGCCAUGUCGUCGACGGCAGCCAUGGGCAAUUGAUGAACUCGACCAGCUCUCUGAGUCCAUGCAGCUGGACGCCUCGCUACCUGCGGGCGAUGACCCGUCCGAUGAGACCGCCUCGCACCGCCCCUCCAUCAUUCUCAAUGCCGUCGCGCUCGACAAUAUCGGUGCUGGCAAGUCGGCUGUGUGGAACAGCCUCAUCGGCCACCCUGUGCUGCCCACGGAGGGAAAACCACGCGUCGCGGACCGCCGGGAACCCGGGCGCGGUGGAAUCUUGCGCGGUGGUCUGCUGGUGAAGUCGGAAUCGCUCACCAGUGCCAACUUGUCGCCUUGCGCCCGCCAUAUAUCGUGGCCAGCAACUCCUGCUCUACAAUCGCUGGAAAUACCGCCUUCAGCAGGUCAAGAACAGGUACCGCAGGAUGAGGCGCUUGGAGGAUGCUGUGAUGAGUCCGUGAGAGGUCUAGGCCAUCGUCUCCUAGUCAACUUUGGGUUGCUGGAUCGUUGUCUCCUUAUGAUGUAAUUACUUAUUUAUUUUGUACAGAACUCCUAUUAUAUAGUAAAGAUGUGACAUUCGUUUCUGUACCA